AUGACACCAGAUCUGUUUCCUGAACAUCGCCUACCGAUACUGAAGACGGAGACGACUGGAUAUUCACGGGAUCAAGCCGACUGCUUAGUUCCGCACCAGCCUUGGUGCAACCUCCGGCCUCCCCCUUGGCACAAGGAACUUUUCGACUUCGGCAUCUGGUACGGCUCAUCGCAGCGACACCUCAAGGCCGUGGCGAUGUACUUGAAUGCAUUACUCAGAUUCUUCGAGCAGUACGGCGACCUAGAAGGGGAUGUCGUUGAAUUGAGCGUCCCGUACAUCCUCCACGUGUUUGACCGGCUGGCCCAGCUGAUGCCGCAGGACUGGCAGGGUUGUGCGCUGUCUAUCGCGAACGCCAUCAGAGCAGAAGCGUACAGCACGAAACAGCAGGAACUGCAUUCCCAAUGCGCCGAGAGCGCUGUCGUGGUGUCCGCCAACAAGGAUAUCGGCUUCGGACAAACCGCAACACAAGAGGAGACAUUGUCGGGAAUUAGCCGGAGGCUUGCCCAGCGGUCCUUCUGA